AUGACCCUGAACAUCCAACAGGGGAGCCCCGGUGGUCCGUGCCAGCGACGGGCCAGCACCCCUCUUCCGGCUUCUCACCGGGAGAGGCUGAGCCCUCGGAGCAGGGGGGCCGAGCCCUGCCACCCCCAGUUGGGGCAGUCCCUUUCCUGCGAGCCGCGAGCCUGCCUGCCGGAGCCCUGCGGGGGCUGGCGGUCCGAGUCCCCCAGCUCGGAGGAGUCGUCGGGAUCCCUCUACCGGGUGGUGUUUCUGGGGGACCCCGGGGUGGGCAAGAGCAGCCUGGUGAGUCUCUUUGCCGGGGUCCAAGAGAAGGACUCUUUGGAGCAACAGCAAGAGGACACCUACGAGCGCACCUUGUCCGUGGACGGGGAGGAGACCACGCUGGUGGCGAUCGACCCCUGGGAGGCUGAGAAGCGGGUAGACAACUGGCUGCACAAUUACUGCAUGCAGGUGGGCAACGCCUAUGUCCUGGUCUACUCCAUCACCGACCGGGCCAGCUUUGAGAGCGCCUCGGAGUUGCGCAUCCAGCUUCGGAGGACCCGGCAGGCAGAGAACAUCCCCAUCAUCUUGGUGGGGAACAAGACCGACCUGGUGCGCUCCCGAGAGGUCUCCGUGGAAGAAGGCCGGACCUGCGCCGUGGUUUUCAACUGCAAAUUCAUCGAGACAUCCGCCGCCCUCCAGCACAACGUGACCGAACUUUUCGAAGGGGUGGUGCGGCAGAUCCGCCUGCGCCAGGACAGCAAGGAGGCCAACGAACGGCGCAGGUCGCUUUACAAACGGAAGGAGAGCUUGACCAAGAAAGUGCGGCGUUUCCUGGACCGGCUGGUGGCACGCAACAACCAAAAAGUCGCACGGAAGGUCCGUUCCAAGUCUUGCCACGAUCUUUCGGUGCUGUGA